GUUCCGAUUCUCUGUAUUCUCUAUAUCUCUAUUUCUCAUCAUCUCUCUCUCGCUUUCGCUUUUGAUUUGAUCUUCAUUAAUUAUGCGAAUUCGUAUAAAAUUUUUAACUUUUCUCAUCGGUUUUCUGGUUAUUCUCCCCCUUUUUUGCAUUUUAAUUGGCAAUUUUUUGUCGGCUCAUGGAGAAGAUUAUUUCGAUGAGGAGUACGAAGUUCUGAAACCGGUAAAUCUUGAAAACUUGGAGCCAACCACAAAACUCGCUCAAAAGCCAAAACCUCAAUUUGAAGGUGUCAUCUCGAAAUCAGUACUUAUCGGUUACUCAAAUGCAGAUAAACUCACGAUAUUCUCUUCUUUUACUGGAGAUGAUGGAACUACAGUAAUCUUAUCGUCCUAUGGGUAUUUAAACCGACGUGUCUACUGUCGUUUAUUCGAUGAAAAUAGGCAGGAAAUCUAUCAGAAAGCCGUGGCAGUUUUCCCCGAAUUAACAAUAAAGUGCUCGGAGAGUUCCUCAGUAAAAGCCGAGUUCGUUGCUGUAACUAUAAACAAAAAGGAUGUUCCAGGGAAUAUGAAGCAGAUUUACAAAGAAAAAGAAACAAAGAACAAAUCAGAGUUUACUGUAUGUCUUGCUCCACUUUAUGGAGAAUCUCCGAAAGUGUUGAUGUUGAUGGAAUUUAUUGAAUAUUAUAAGUUGCAGGGCGCUGACCAUUUUCUAAUUUACUCAUUCAACAUCUCAAAGGAAACUGAAAAUGUUUUGGAUUUCUAUAGAAAUUCCUCAAACCUUGAAGUAAUACAAAUGGGAAAUGAAACUAAAUGUCUAAAUCGUCAUAGAUGCAGACAUGAGAUGCAGUUACAGGACUGUGUAUUCCGAACUCAAAAGUACUCAAGCUGGGUGGCAACGGUUGAUUUGGACGAAAGGAUCAUGAUGAUUGAUGAGAAAUCUACUCUUUUAGAUUAUAUCAGAAAUUGCAAUGAUCAUAAAAUCUCUGAACUACGUUUUCGUUGUCAAUGGACUCUUCGAUAUUCUGAAAUUUCUUCUGGUGCUCCUCAAAUUGAGAAUCUUCCAAUGAUUACUUGGCAUAACACCAGCCACGUGGCACCGCAGAAUCAUACUACAAAAUCGAUUAUUCGGUCCCGAAAUGUUGACUCGAUGGGUGUGCACGGAGUUCAAAAGUUCCGAAAUCCGAUCUAUGGAGUCCGACUUGUGGAGCCAGAAAUUGCAGUUGUCCGACACUAUCGAUUGAUUAAAGGAUGGAGUUUCUUUUUAAGAGAAGCCGAAUCUUUUGGCAACUUUUUCCAUUUUCAACUAUCUCCUGGUUUAUCUAGUCGUAUUAUUGAAAGGGUUGCAAAAAUUAUUGCGAAAUUUUAGAACAUUACGGGUUAAUAAAUGUUUUUGAUUUGUUUUGUUUUCUGUAUUUUGAUGUAUUUUUGAGAGAAUAAAAAUAUUAUACCAAACA